UUACCUUCAGGAAAUGGCCUCUUCUAAGUCUUUGAUGAACCUUCUAACCUUCACUUUUGGAUCAGCAAUAGGAUUUUUUGUAUGCUAUCUUCUGUUUAGCAUUAUACUAGAAGAACAAGUGAAGAUCCAGCCUCAUGUCCUUCACAAUGAUCCGCAUGGUCAGCAUUCAUCAGAUACCGAUAACAAUCAGCUGCAAGGACAAAUGAAUUUCAAUGCAGACUUUGGACAGCAUAAAGAUGAGAAUAAAAAUAUUGCAGAGGGACUGUAUCAGAAGGUGAAAAUACUGUGUUGGGUCAUGACUGGACCUCAAAAUCUAGAAAAGAAAGCCAAGCAUGUUAAGGCAACUUGGGCCCAACGUUGUAAUAAAAUACUUUUUAUGAGCUCCGAGGAGAACAAAGACUUCCCAACUGUGGGUCUAGAAACCAAAGAAGGCAGAGACCAACUGUACUGGAAGACUAUUAAAGCUUUUCAGUAUGUGCAUGACCAUUAUUUUGAUGAUGCUGAUUGGUUUAUGAAGGCAGAUGAUGAUACAUAUGUUAUAUUGGACAAUUUGAGAUGGCUUCUUUCAAAAUACAGUCCUGAACAACCAAUAUACUUUGGAAGAAGGUUUAAGCCUUAUGUGAAACAGGGCUACAUGAGUGGAGGAGCAGGUUAUGUUCUGAGCAAAGAAGCUCUGAAGAGAUUUGUUGCUGCAUUUAAAACAAACAAAUGCUCUCAUAGUUCCUCAAUUGAAGACCUUGCACUAGGAAAAUGCAUGGAGAUCAUUAAUGUGGAAGCAGGAGAUUCUAGGGAUACAAGUGGUAGAGAAACAUUUCAUCCCUUUGUUCCAGAACAUCACUUAGUCAGAGGAUACCUGCCAAAAACAUUCUGGUACUGGAAUUACAAUUAUUAUCCUGCUGUAGAGGGUCCUGGAUGCUGCUCCGAUCUGGCAGUUUCAUUCCACUAUGUUGAUUCCAUGACUAUGUAUCAGUUGGAAUAUUUGAUUUAUCAUCUCCGUCCGUAUGGGUAUUCGUAUCGGUACAAUCCUGAUGCAGUAAACAAUCCAGAAGAGCAGAGCAAAAAUGAAGCACUGCAGGAUAAUCAGAAGCUAAAGCAAAAAGUUACUGAGAGUUAA